GGCUAGCAAUUAUGUUUAUCUGAGAUGUAAAAACAGUUAGUACAGUUACUGCGCUCUUUGGAUGAAUGAUUUUGGGCUCCCUGUGCUUUGUAAUAAACAUUGGGCUUGGGUUUCCUGUCUACAAAUAGUGAGUUGGCAACCGGCGGCAGGGUUUCUGGUAAUUUUAUCGAAGAAGUAGAAUGAAGAUUCAAUAAUACUAAGCAUUUACAAGAUGUUAAUGUACAGGAGUAGCGUUUUGAGUAUUUUACGAGUCCAUGGGGUAAGUUUUUUGAAACACAAAUGGACUAGUCGUCAUUUUCAAUGGWAUCGUCUACUCGCGUGUGGCACCUUGAGAUGGUACAGUUCAAAGAGAGGCGACAACAUAGUCCUAAUGGGAAGCCCUGGUGCAGGAAAGACUACAGUUGGUAGAUUACUGGCACAAAGUCUAGGGAAGCAAGCUAUUGAUGUAGAUAAUGAUCAUCUGGAGAAAGUCUGGAAUAUGACUGUGGCACAAAAGCUUAUGGAUGUUGGGUCAGAUGGCUUUAUAGAGGCAGAAGGCCAAGCUUUGCUUCAGUUAUCAUGCGAUAAUUGUGUUAUUUCCCUCUCUGGAUCCAAUCCCAUGCAUAAAUUAGCCAUGUCACAUGUCAGUUCCCUAGGAACUGUCAUUUAUUUAGAUGUGGACGAUUAUGACAUCUUGGAACGCUUGGAGAAAAUGAAAGUUGACAGAAUUGUUGGGCAAAAUGAUGGUACUUCAGUCUCCGACAUUCUUCAGUACAGAAAGCAAUUUUACGAAGGUAGUUAUGAUGUGCGUGUUACUUGCGAGAGACAUGAAUCGCCUGAGAGUAUCACUUCUAAAGUGAUUGACUGCAUCAAGCGCCUUGCUAAACGUGAUGUCUAUGUAAGUACACGACAUUACAAAAAUGACACAAUAAAAGAGAAGACUUUCUUUGAUGUCGUUCUUGAGGGAUUAGCAACAGAUGGUGGGCUGUAUGUUCCUGGCCGACAAAUACCAGGAAUGACUCUAGGUGAGAUUGAACGUCUUGUCCCAUGCUCCUAUCAAGAACGAGCGCUUCGAAUACUAGAACAGUGGAUUCAUCCCCUUGAUCUCCAUCCAUCUAUUCUGAAACAAAUGAUUGACAAUGCUUAUCAGACGAAUUUUCAACAUCCGGGAAUUGCACCUGUUGAAAAACUGGACGAACAGGUUUUCAUCCUAGAACUAUUUCACGGACCAACGGCAUCGUUCAAGGAUCUUGCACUUCAACUAACACCAUCUUUUUUCAACAAGGCGGUUAGUUUAUCAUCCGAUAAAGAUAUAAAGUACAUGAUACUUGUUGCUACAUCUGGAGAUACUGGCAGUGCGGUGUUGGAAGGAUUUCGAGAUAGUGAAUCAGCAGACGUUUUUGUUCUUUACCCUUCAAAUGGUGUUAGUGCAAUCCAACGAAGGCAGAUGAUUACUACAGAUAGCCAAAACUCUGGUGUAUUAGGUGUGGAUGGUGACUUUGAUUUCUGCCAAUCUUCCAUCAAGAAAAUCUUCAAUGACAUUUCGUUUUGUGAACGACUUCAUGAUAGGUAUAAUGUAAGGCUGUCUGCAGCUAAUUCAAUCAACUGGGGAAGACUUCUCCCUCAGGUCAUUUAUCACGUGUCUUCGUACCUCGAUCUGGUCAAAAAUGGUGUCAUUGGUAUUGGCGAGAAAGCAGACGUUUGUGUUCCAACCGGAAACUUUGGUAACAUCCUGGGUGCAUAUUAUGCAAAGGAAAUGGGAAUCCCUUUCGACAAUAUUAUUUGUGCGUCCAAUGUCAAUAACGUUUUGACAGAGUUCUUCCACAAUGGCAUUUAUGAUAUUUGCAAGAGAAAUCUUCACCRCACUGCAUCUCCAUCCAUCGACAUUUUCAAAUCAUCCAAUCUUGAAAGGCUUAUAUACCAUGUGACGUCAUGCAAUGCAGAAUUGGUUACACAACUUUUCAGCUCAUUGGAAACUAAUAAAAAAUUCCAGGUUGAAUCAAAACUUCACCAAACUCUCUCAUCAACUAUCAAGUCAGGCUGGAGUGAUGAACACACUUGUCUAACUACAAUCAAAACAGUUUUCAACCAAACAGGAUACUUACUAGACCCACAUACAGCUAUUGCUAAAAGUGUAGCAGAUAAUUUUAUCUCUCAUGACAAACCAAUGAUUGUCUCAGCAACUGCACACCAUUGCAAGUUUGCUGACAAUGUGCUGAAGGCUUUAAGUAACAAAUACAGCUCAAGUGACCCCCUGACUUUAAUGCAAGAAGUGCACCACCUUGAGCCACGCCCACMACUGCACAAGCAUCUUGCAGACGCAAUGACAAAACCUGAGAUACAUGACAAUGUGUGCAGUAAUGAUGUGGAGGCUGUAAAACAACACAUUGAACAGUUCUUAAGAAUCCAAAGAUGACUUUAAAAAGUUGGGGAAUAUAGUAUAACUAUAAGAGAAACUAGCAUAAUCAAAGAUUUAUCCAAAACAAACAAGCUCAAAGCAAAACAAAAAACACUAGAAUGAAAAACAAACAGCUUAUAGAGGCAAAAGCUGUAUAAUAAUAACUUAUAACUUCCUAUUUAAUACAAAUUUUUAACUUCAGCAACACAUGUAU